GUUUUAAAAUGGAACAUUUCGAUGCAUCACUCAGUACCUAUUUCAGGGCAUUACUGGGCCCCCGAGAUACAAGGGUAAAAGGAUGGUUUCUUCUGGACAAUUACAUACCUACAUUUGUCUGCUCUGUCAUUUACUUACUAAUUGUAUGGCUGGGACCAAAAUACAUGAAGAAUAAGCAGGCAUUCUCUUGCCGGGGAAUUCUAGUGGUGUAUAACCUUGGACUCACCUUGCUGUCUCUCUAUAUGUUCUAUGAGUUGGUGACAGGUGUGUGGGAAGGCAAAUACAACUUCUUCUGUCAGGGAACACGCAGUGCAGGAGAAUCAGACAUGAAGAUCAUUCGUGUCCUCUGGUGGUACUACUUCUCCAAACUCAUAGAAUUCAUGGACACCUUCUUCUUCAUCCUUCGCAAGAACAACCACCAGAUCACAGUCCUACAUGUCUACCACCACGCCUCCAUGUUGAACAUCUGGUGGUUUGUGAUGAACUGGGUUCCCUGUGGCCACUGUCCAGUUUGUGCUAACAAUCAUCCAGACGAGCUGCGGGGUCAUCUGGCCAUGCACCUUCCCCCUCGGGUGGUUGUAUUUCCAGAUUGGAUACAUGAUCUCCCUGAUUGCUCUCUUCACAAACUUCUACAUUCAGACUUACAACAAGAAAGGAGCCUCUCGGAGGAAAGAGCACCUGAAGGGCCACCAGAACGGGUCCAUGACUGCCAUCAACGGGCACACCAACAACUUCGCUUCCCUGGAAAACAGUGUGAAGCCAAGGAAGCAGAGAAAGGAUUGACACGGCAGAGCCGCACCCUCCAGACCACGGCGUGUGAUUGUAAGCACAGUAUGAGUUGUGCCCUGACGCUCGUAACAGCUGCUGUCACUAGUCUGGCCUACUGUAGUGUGAUUUAUGUAGGACCUUUUCAUCAGUUCAAAACCCCUAGAAUAUGUAUACAGAUUAUACAAGUAGGCAUAUACAAUUUCUCACAUUUCUGGGCUCUCAUCGACCCCCGCGCUAGACUGUGGGAAGGGAAUGUUAUUGUAGUAUAUGACACUGCUGUUGCCUUAUUAGUUAUAACACGAUAGGUGCUGAAUUGUGGUUCACAAUGUAAAACACUGUAAUCCAAACUUUUUUUUUUAAAACUGUAGACCAUGCAUGUGAUUGUAAAUGUAAAUUUGUACAAUGUUGUUAACAGUAGAAAAACACACAUGCCUUAAGACUUAAAAAAAAAAAAAAAAAAAAAGCAGGGCCCAAAGCUUAUUAGUGUCAUUAGGGUAUGUUUCAACUUUGUAUUCAUUUGUAAUAGCUCUGUUUAGAAAAAUGAAAUAUGUGAUUUAUGAAACUAGCGUGCGAUGUGUAAACUUCAAGUGACUUGGAGAUGCGAACCCUGACGGCACCUUCAGUUUUAUAAAGCUGGCUUUGAAUAAGCCGGCUCAAAUCUAGUGGAACAGUCAGUUUAACUUUUUAACAGAUCUUAUUUUUUUAUUUUGAGUGCCACUAUUAAUGUGUUUAAAGAGGUGGGGAACGGGUCCAAAGCAGUCGUGAGACACUUGUGUUCUUGGUCCCCCAAAGUCUAGGGCGACUGUAGGGUGAGCAGGACACUUCCCACUUCUGAAGUGCUUAGUGUUUUUAUACAGGAGACAAAAAGGCCAUUCUACUUCCCAUCGUUUGGAAAGAGGAGACUUACCUUUCAGGAAGGGUGACUAGAUGUUUAUCACGUGACAGUCGCAUGGACCAGUGAUGGAGAACUGGUUGCCUGGGUCCAAAUCUUUUUAUUGUUUUUUCUGUAGUGCUGUUUGACAUAUACUUCCCUUCAAAAUGUGCCUAAUUUAACAGAAUUUACUGAGAGACCAGGAAGCACCUUAAGUAUUUUGAAGAGGUAGCUAGAGCAUGAAGGAACGGGGCAUUUGGGGAGUGAUUGCUUAUUCAGUCUAAAUCUUGGCAGCAUCUGUAAUUUUUUUCCCCCCGCUUAGCAUCUAAAGAUUGGUUUAAAGCGCUUGUUUAAAAGUAACAGACUGCUUUUCUUAAAAUCGUGUCUUGUGCACCUGAGGCGUGGUGGUCAUACAGAUGAGGAUUCUUUUAUGUGUCAUUUUUAAAGUGUUGGAAGUUUAGCCUUUGACUACCUUCUACAUUGAAAAAAAAUUGAUUGAACCACUCAUGACACAUCUUAGAUGAUUGACAAUGUAUAAACUAAUUGUGGGUUUGAUAUUUAUGUAAAUAUCAGUUUGCCAUGCUUUAAUUUUGCACAUUCAUAUUAUAAGGAGCCAAUUGGUCCUAAUUAGUCUUGUGGGUUUUCUUUUUGGAAGGAAUUGCAGCAUCUGUUUACAUUUAUCUUAUCAAAUCUAGAAUGUGUAUAUUUGUGUGUCUUCAUCCUAGGUACCAGUUUGCAGGUGUCUUUAUGUAUUUCAGUACAAAAACUAUAACAUUCAGUAGUGUGCUGUCAAAGUGUGCUUAGCUCAUCUGGAUAUACCCACACUGUUAAAUAAUGUCUAAACAUUAAUCAUUAAAACAUUUUUGAUUAUCA